UACUGAUGUCUUGCCACAGUUUUCUUACAUGAAUACAAUGCCAAAAAAGAUGCAACACAAUUCCUGCCUCCCUUGCCCUGCAAAUGUCUACUUGUCAAACGUCAUGAAACGUCAUCAAGUGUCCACUUAAUUUGAAAACUGAGGGGAUAGGGUGUGUCUUAAGUGUUUGGACUGCAAACUUUGACAAAGAUAAUGUUACUAUUAUUUCCUUGUGAUGGUGUACAGAGUUAGUAAAGGAUAUUGUGCAAACAUCUACCUACAUCCUCUCUGUACUGGCUAGAGGUACAUUGUUUAUGUCACUCAUGCGCAAGCUCAGCUGACCAACGGUGCGGUUCUUUCGAUCGUUUAGACCAUACGUGACGUAUGGCGUGAUUGUUUUUUGAGAUCUGUACUAGCUAGCCAGCCAUUUUAGCUAUUUAACAACAACAGUGUAUUUGAUCAACACUACCUUAUUCCAAGGACGAAUAGAAGUCACAGCUAAAAUAAUGAAUAUGUUACUAUCCAAACCAGGAGACAACUGACUGUCUGUACAGCUCAUAUACUCGUUGCCUAGGGGGUUUCACAGGGGAUAAUGUCCCAUCACUGAAGAUGGGAGGCAGUGGGUCCAAGGUGAAAGGUGCUUGGCCAUUUGCUGGUUCAGGAGCUGGAGGUGAUUCAGGCAGUGAGGGGCAAGAAGACCAGUCUUUGACCCGCCUCAAAGGGACCAGAAAAGCAACCCCAUUUAUUUUCACAAGGAGGAGCUCUCUUUACUAUGAUGAGGAUGGGGACCUGGCUCAUGAGUUCUAUGAAGAGACUUUGGUGACAAAAAAUGGCCGGAAGAGGUCCAAGCUGAAGAGGAUUCAGAAGAACCUCAUACCUCAGGGAAUUGUGAAGCUGAACCAUCCCCGGAUCCAUGUAGAUUUUCCUGUCAUCCUCUGUGAGGUGUGAAUCACAUUGGGCUGGUCUAAUGUGGAAAAGAUGUCAGUCAAAGGCUGCCCCGCACUACGACUGCUCCAUCUUGAACGAUGGUGUUCCUCUGAGAAGAUGGAUGAGAUGUCUGACUACAGCUGUGGACAGACCACUGAAGCUAUGUUGCGGAGAGAAAGGGGAGGCGGAUAGAUGUUUUGGUGAAAGAUGGAGGAUAGAGUAAAAGUACUGCCUUUUGUGACAUGUAGAGAAGUGUGUGUGUGGGAGAGAAAGGUAGCUCAAGAUAAGGGAAGGUUUAUGAAUUCCCACAGUACAUGUUGACCAUUUUCAAUUUGAUCAUAUCUAUGUCUGCCCCUGUGAUUGGAGCCAAGACCUGCACUAGUGAACUUUUAAUGUAAAUAAAAAAAUAAUCUGUCUGAGUUGGAAAUACUUGAAUAAAUGGUUUACCAGGCUAAAAGACUGAGGCAUCCCCUGUUUUUAUGAAGUCCACAUAUGGUUCAGAGUUUUGUUCCACAACAAUGUGGUCACAAUAUCAAUGGUUUUGUAUUCUGCAAUUUAAAGACUGAUUGGCUCAAUUUACUAGUCCUUCUCUUUCUCGUUAUCAUAAUCCUGGGAAGCUGUUGGUGAAUAUUUUUUUUCUCUCUGCUGUAUUUCAGUUUUGGCACCAGGGGGCAGUGCUCUUGUACAGGGCCAGGGGUCAGACUGAUGUAAUUCCUCCUUCAUUCCUUCCUUUGAUGUUCUGUAGAGCAACUUCCUCUGAGAUGGGUUACUCUCGAAUGGCAGGUGAGUCAGCAGAGCUUGGAGAACAAACAGCGGAACAGCAUCAACUGAGUGACCCCCCACAGGAUGAGACCUCACCUCACUUCCAGGGUUUUUUGUCUAUCAUGUGCUCUCAGAUCCUCCACGUUACAUGCACCCUUUAGGCAUAUGUUUUGUUGGACUUUGCUUCUAACUAUUCAUUUAAAAGCUUUCAACCCCAGCCUGCUCUAAAUCUUUCCAUGAUCUUGGCAACAUGACAGCGUGUGGUACUUGGUUGGUUCAUUUGAGCCACUGCCAAUGGCCAUCUCAUCUGCCUCAAGCGGAACAUCUGCAUGCCAGAUGUCUGUGUCCAGACAGAGUUUAAAUGCUACUAGUCCUAGAGAUAUACCAUGCUUGCUUACAUGAACUAUGGGUUAUUCUGUAACACUUUAUAUUAUGGUGUAGCCUACUUACAAUUAUUUAUUAAGGGGUUUAAACUGUCAAUUAUAAGUGUAUAGAUAGUUUAUGAAUAUGUAAUGAACAUGAAGUUAAAACAUUGGUUGCAAUUGUAUGCUUGUCAUUUAACUGUUUGGCCAAAAACUGUAUAUGAACUCAAAUGGUCCUGUGUGGCUCAAUUGGUAGAGUGUGGCUUUUGCAACGCCAGGGUUGUGGCUUCGAUCCCCAUGGGAGACCAGUACAAAAAUGGAUGCACUCACUACUGUAAGUCACUCUGGAUAAGAGAGUCUGUUAAAUGACUAAAAUGUAUUAAACUGAGAACUCAAACUAUAGGCAUGGCAUUCUCAGUAUGUUGGGAGGGUCUAUUCCAGGCUUCCUCAAUAGGCGGGCCGCAGGUAAUUUUUGUUGUUGGAUAUUAAAUACUGUAAAAUCA